UCAUAAAUGUGAGGGAUUUUCUCUCCAAAUCCGUCUCCUGUUCGCUAAAUCUCACUUCUCUACAACGAGCCUGCGCAAUGGAACAAAGUCGGAAUAUUGAGAUGUGACAUUGCCCGCAUCUCAUCCUCUUUCUCGCUUUUUAAUGACUUCAAACAAGUUCGUUUUUGCUAGGCUUUUGCAGGAGACCCAUGGGGAUGUCUAGCGGUCAUUUCUUCCAGGGGCAUUGGUGUGAUGUCUUUAAGUGUACCAUGCGUUGUCUCUCGUGCACCCACGCCCUCUCGCUGGUGCUGUGCGUCCUCGCGUUGACUCCCGCGACACUGGAGGCGGGGCCAGAGACGCUGUGCGGGGCGGAGCUAGUUGACACUCUGCAGUUUGUGUGUGGAGACAGGGGCUUUUAUUUCAGCAAACCGACGGGGUAUGGGCCUAGUUCGAGAAGGACGCACAACCGUGGCAUCGUGGACGAAUGCUGCUUUCAGAGCUGUGAACUGCGACGGCUUGAGAUGUACUGUGCACCUGUGAAGUCUGGAAAAGCUCCACGAUCUCUGCGAGCACAACGGCACACAGAUAUCCCAAAGACACCAAAGAAACCUAUAACUGGACAUAGCCACUCGUCCUGUAAGGAGGUUCAUCAGAAGAAUUCGAGUCGAGGAAACACAGGGGGCAGAAACUAUCGUAUGUAGAGGACAGCGGAGGGACUGGUUAAGAAGGACAAAUGAAAUUGCUGGACAGCAGAAAACAGAGGAAGAGAGAAAGGGUGUGGCCUUACUUGGUCCUCCACGGAUGUGCUCCACUGUAAAAAAAAAAAAAAAUUAACAACAAGAUACUGGACGAAUAACCCCAAUGUAAGAAAAACAAACUUGCAACUAGAGAGAAAAUCUGAUGAUUUUAUACACUGCACCAUUCAAUUCCAAACUGGGGGGAAAGAUCUAAUGGAAAAACAAACUAAAUUAGCUGCUAUAUUAAGCCAAAUGAUAACUGUUCUUUUACCUCCUUGUAUGAACUGUGGAACCCAGUGGAUGCUGAUGCUUCUUAUAGUGCCAUUGCCCAAAUAUUGACCCCUCUCAAUUGUCCAAUUGUCAAUAUUCCACUGAAUUCGAAUGGCAGGACAGCCACUGGAAAAGAGGUAAUAGGUGACUAGAGCAGAGGUAAAGGCCUUCUCUAAAACAAGUACCCACAUGAAAGCAUUGAAUCACUCAUACAUAGAAUUAUGAAAAAGUCAGAAUCUAGUGCAAGAAGGUUGCAAUAGCAUUUUUUUAUCUCAGUUAUCAACUCAAAAGCUAAUUUGAUCUCAGACUUGUUAGAUGUCUCAUAUGGUCACGUGUUACAAGCUCCACCGCUGAGAAAGGAGUUCGCAGCCAGAUCGUGUUCGACAGAUCAUGUUGACAAGAAAGGCUGUCUAGACAGUUUAUACCAGAUGGAAGUCUUGCAAAACAGAUGCACAGAGAGAUGAUUGUCUCAUAGAAACAAUUAUAUUCUUAUUUGAUGUAAUGUGCAAGACCAGAUCAAGGGAGAUUAUACAAACACCUUAUGCAGAGGUGCUCCAAAGAGGCUGAGAGCCACUACAUGGCAAUUUAGGAUUGAUAGAACAUGACCUACAUCCUAUUUUUGUGUGUUUGAUAGCCUGGGGAGGAUUUUUUUUUUUUUUUGCUUUUUUAAUCAUUUUAAAUGCAUGGUUUUCCUUCAUUAAAGAUGAAAAGGGAGGUGAAAGCCAUUCAAAUGAACAGUUAUCCACAUGCAUAUACACCAGUGUAUCAGUACACACUGGAAGGACAGAGGGAAGACUAAAUCAACCACAAAAACUGCUACUAAUCAUAACGUAUACACACAAAGAAGAACAUACAGUAAGUAAAGCUUAUGACACUCAUCUGAAACCUAACAUGGCAAAUGGGAUACCCUACGGUGUUGUGGACUUCACGGCUGUGCGCAAAAAAGACUAUGAGGCUGUAAGUCAACAUCAAGUGCACCAUUUGUGACAGGGCCUGAGCAAACGUUGCACACCUUUUUUGAAAAUUGGUUAUCAUACAGGAAGAUGCAUCUUUUUGGCAAAAGACUGGUAAGGUGAGGCGGACUGAUACUCAACAGCUUCAUUAAACCCCAAUCCAAGCCACUGCCACAGGGGUUGUGGAGUGUGACCUGGCUGUUUGCACAUUCCCUCUGCAUGGAAACCCCACUCUCUGACCCCAGCGGAUCACGUCAACCCACACUGUCUACUCUGUAACUUUAUACUCUACCUAUAUUAACCUUUGCAUUCUCUAACCAUAAUCAUAUGUGAUGGCAUCAUAUAGCUGAACUAUAUAAAAGAUCAACCCACUGUAUAAUGGUGCUAUUUUGUAGUUUGUUACUUGCAGGGGUUGGCUGACAUCAAAGAUGGCUUAAUGUUGGAAGUCUUCCCUUUUGCACAGCCUUGUGGCCACCAUUGUAAUAAUAUUCUCUUUUUUUAUUUUUAAACUAUUUCAAAAAAGGUAACUCGAGUAAGCGUGUAAAAGUAUUUUUGAGAGAUCUGCUAAAGCAUGGAAUAAGGAAAGAAAAAAUGAUAUUGCGGACCCCUGCUGAUUAAUUGCUCUUUUGUUUUCUUUAAGGUUUCUAAAUUAUUCUCAUUCUGAAUCAUUAAUCAACCCUAUGCCAAAUACAGUUGUGGCCAAAACUAUUGGCACCCUUGGUAAAUA